AUGGCCUCAUCAACCGGCGCGAGCGAGGGUUCGAGGGUGUUCCCGAGGACCUCGCGGCGCUUGCUAGGCUGCUGCGCGCUCCUGUUGACCGCUGUGAUGCUGGUCUCCAUAGCGACGUCAGACAUACCUGUAGCAGUGGAGCUCCUCUUUAAGAGGAGCAUCAAAGACCCUCCGGUGAGAACACAUGUGCCUCCAGCCACAUCUUUAUCAUCAUCCCAACGCUCUCAAGUAUCCAAGAGCCCAGCUCCCUCAUCAGUAGGUGACAAACAUCACAUGGAUCUGGGUCAACAUGACGGUACUGCCAGUAUUGCUCCAACUCCUUCUCUGGAGACAACGGAUGGCGGGUCUGGAAACCUAAGUGAUGGUGCACAGGGCAUCCAUUUGGUAUUGAGACCUCCAGACCUCUUGACUCCCAGCCAGGUGCCUCAUUUCCAUGGCAACGGUCCCCCCACACCAGCUCCUCCUACUCUGGUCACACACGAUGACCUGUAUCCUGUCCACUCUGCUGAGGUUGACUGGGGGUCAGGGGACUACCUGGAGACGCUCACCUUCAUGGGUUCUGAGGGGGAGGAGCUUUCACUGAUUACCACCCUCCCCACUCAUGGAUAUGACCCCUUUGACUCCGACUAUGACCUUGACACAGGGGUGACCUACAAUACAGCCUUCCCUUCCCGACCUGUUCCAUCUCUGUCCUCAAGGCUCCUCCUUCCCAGCGUAACUGUGGGACAGAGGGCCACAUUAAGGACUGCCCACCUUGCCGAUCCCCGCCUACCACAACCUCCUGACUCCGCCCAAAGUAGCGACAUAGAUGCAGACUUGGAUUUUGAUUGGGCAGAGCUCUACCCCAUUGAGCCAACAGAGAUAUUGUUGCCGGACAUGAACAGUCUUGAGUACUACAAUACACUGCAGGCUAAAGAGAAUGCCAAAGCUGCAGGGAACAAGACACACAACCUCACACACCCAGUCCAUCCCCACAUUACCCCCACACCAACAACCAUUCAACCACCUAGUCCAUCCAAAACUCUUACUCCCUCUCUGGGUGGGGACUCUGGGAAAUCUCCAGGCCCUACCCGCAGGACCAGGCCGCAGCCAAGGCCCUCAGUAGCCCCCACCACCCCACAAAAACCUAUGAUUCCCUCAGCCCCUACUGGCCAUCCCAUUGAUACCCAGCAGACUGGGAAACCCACCUCCCCUAGGGAUAAAAGUGCAUCACAGCCCGUGUCACCUACCCCUGAAACAGGCAGGGGUCGCCCCCUUGCACCCAGUUCCCUGCCCCCACAGACCACCUCACAGGGCCCGUCCAUUCAGGCAGUCACGCUAAAAUCCCCAGCUGAACCAAAACCACAAACUACAACCAAAACAGCCAAAACUACAACUACCACAAGCCCCACUACCAUCUUAACCAAACCGCAACAGCCUGCAACUCCCAAAAUCCCUGUCUCCCCACGGCAGUACAUCUGCAACAUCACCAAGCCAGACAUGUACUUGGUCAGAAUCGGCAUGCCCAGUGGGUUGACAGUAGCAUUUGCUAAAUCCCAUGUGAGAGAAAUUCUGCGACAAGAGUUUAACCGCACAGUAGAGCUGCAGGUUCUCAAGGCUCCUCCAAACUUCAUAUUUCGGGCAGUGUCAGGCCCACUGGUGUACACGGCUGUGUCAAUCAUUAACAUCCUCCGCCAAUCAGCACGUAGUACCUCCUCUUCCACCAUCUUGACUGUAACACCCAUGUUUGCUGUUCCAGAUUACAAAUACCAUGUCCACUCAGUGCUGCAGUUUGUGCCGAGUCAUGUUGACGUGCGAGUUUGCACCUUCAGCGAGCGCGUGGAGAAGGGCCUGCUCAUGGCAUACGCAGAAGUCAGACGACGCUCACAGGAAAAUGGGAACUUCUCCGUGCAUAUUCUGAACAUCACCAUCAGCAUGCCUAAAGGCCAGCGACAGCAGAGGUCUCCAGUGGAGGUCACCUUUGCCAUACGUGACACCCGUGGCUUCCUCAGGGGGUCAGACGUCAGUGCCCACCUGAGACAGCUCAGCAUAGUGGAGUACAGUUUUUAUUUGGGCUUCCCUGCUGUGCAGAUUGCUGAACCCUUUCACUACCCGGAGCUGAAUGUAUCUCACCUGUUGCGAUCAUCCUGGGUAAAAACAGUACUGUUAGGUGUGUUGGACCAGCGUGUGAGUGACAGGACAUUCCAGGCUAAAAUGGAGAGACGAUUGGCUCUUCUGGUGGGGGAGGGGCUUGGGCUUGGCCGUCGCUGGAGAAGAGCCACUAGCGUGGGAAACAACAGUGUACAGAUUGUGCGAGUGUCUCGGCUGGAUGGAACAGACAACCCUCUGGAGCUGGUGUAUUUUGUGGAGGCAGGGUCAGGGGAGAGACUGCCUGCCCAAGCCACUGCAGCCAUGCUCAACAGACUGGACCUGCAGAGAGCUGCUAUAGUCCUGGGCUAUCGUGUGCACGGAGUACUGGCCCAACCGGUUGAGAAGAUGGCCCUGCCUCCUUCAGAGACACAGCCCAGUAAUGUGUGGCUUAUAGUGGGUGUAGUGGUUCCAGUGCUGGUUGUCAUCAUCAUUAUCAUCAUCCUCUACUGGAAACUCUGCCGCUCUGAGAAACUGGAGUUCCAGCCAGACGCCAUGAGCACCAUCCAACAACGACAGAAGGUCGGACUUCACACAGUCCAUGAAAAUUUGACACCUUGCAACUUAACCACCUGUAGCUCACUCCAGGCUCCUAGUGUGAAAGGCUUUGACUUUGCUAAGCUCCACCUGGGUCAGCAUAGUAAAGAUGACAUCAUGGUGAUCCAGGAGCCUGCUCCCCUACCCGCACCAGUCAAAGAGGCCACGCCUUCUGAGGGUGGAGAAUUGAACACGCCAAAGUCAAAGACUUCAUCCACCAAAGCAUCACGUGCUGCACGAAGAAGAGGCAGGUUGUCUCCAUCAGAUGGUGACUCAUUGGGCAGUGAGGCAUCCAGUGGCAGAGAGUCUGCUGAGGAAAGCACCCGACCUGCAGUUACACCGAGUGAUAGCAAACCUCACCACCGCAAGAGCAAACACGCGAAGAACAAAAUUGGUGCUCCGUCAGGCAGCGGAGUGGACGAACAGCUCUCCUCUUCCUCUAUCUUUGAGCAUGUGGACCGUGUAUCUCGUGGUUCAUCAGAUGGAACACGGCGAGUAUCCAACAAGAUCCAGCUAAUUGCCAUGCAGCCCAUGCCCAGCCCACCGCCUCAUACACAUAACCACGCCCUCAGCCCCGCCCUCACAGAGAGGGUUCCAGAUGGAGCAAAGGUGAACACUGAGAUUCAGGUGGCUCUGAGGCACAAGUCUGAAAUAGAGCACCAUCGCAAUAAGAUUCGUCUGCGUGCUAAGAGGAAAGGUCAUUAUGAGUUCCCCUCCAUGGAGGAUAUCAUGGCAGCGUUUGGAGAUGGCUCUGAACAGCAGCGUGUCUAUCAGCAGGCCCAGGAACAGAUCCACAAGAUUCUUCACCCCGAGUCCACCACACCUCCACCCAACGGCGAGCCCCGCAAGAGCUCCAGAGGUCGGAGAUCUCCAAGACAGAGACAGAGACAGAAUGUCAACAGUAGCCUGACAGACAAGGACCGGCUCAUCACAGAGGGGGACGCCACGUACAGGAAGUACCCUGGAGUCAAUAAUGUGGCAUAUGUGUCUGAUGCUGACCAGCUCCCUGAUGUCGGCAGCCCCUCCCCGACUGAUGAGGUAUUUGUUGAUCCUGGCUCUCCACCGCCUGGGCCAGCCCCUGCCCCACCCUCUUAUGUGCCCCCACAGCCAACCAUAGAAGAGGCUCGGCAGCAGAUGCACUCCCUGUUGGACGAUGCUUUUGCCCUGGUCUCUCCCUCAUCACAGGGCAGCUCAGCCCCUCUUACAUUCACAGGUGUCACCACAAUUACAGGGGUGGAAGGGGCCAGCCCUGUCCCAACCAACUCUAGCCCACCCCCUCGCCCUGUCCGGCAGUGGGGCUCCUCAUCCUACCCAGCAGCCCCUGCACACAGUGCCCUAUCUGCGAGGUAUGCUGAGUUAGGUAUGUCCCCUACAUCUGUCCAAGGCUUGUUGCAGAGACAGGCACUUGGCUCUGGUUACUUGGUGCCAGGAGAGUUGCAGUCAGACCCAGUAUACUCGAGCAGGGGCCAGUAUGGAGAUGACUUAUCGUCGUCUUCUAGGCCACGACCUGUAGGAGGCAGCACAGGAGCCCAGUUGCAUCAGCUGACACAGGUUGGCUUGUCAAGUCGGAUCGGGGUGUAUCCUGGUGUGGGUCGUAGUUUGUCGGGACCCUCCGGUUCUAGCUGGGCCCAGUAUCGAUCUGAUGAGGAGAUCUCCAGACCUGGGGCCAACAGAGAGGCUAUUCUGUCCUUCCCUGAGUACUCCUCGUCUCCCGUGUUCCAGAUGCCCAGGACAUCUCUGCGGGACCCCUCAACCCCAUCAUCUCACCUGGAAUCCCCUACGCCAGGCUACGCCACCACUGAAGAGACCUCCCCACCUACUCACUCUUCUGCCUCCCUCAUCAAGGCAAUAAGAGAGGAGCUACAGAGACUCUCCCAAAAACAGGCUGCAGUGGCCAGUUACCACAGCUGA